GAAGAGUGUCAAAAUGCCUUCGCUAUGCUUUGUAAUAGUGGUGGCCUUCACAUCGCUGGCCUUAGAAGUAUUGUGUGAAACAGCCAUAUUCCCCAAAAGUGAUGAUUCUGACAAAAUGUGUGGUUACAAUACAGAAAUGAACGAUGAGUUGAGAAGAAACUUUACGGACAUGCACAACUACCGCAGAAGCCAGCUCGCAUUAGGAAAAGUUAGUAAACGCCAAGGCUAUCUCCCAGCGGCUUCAAACAUGAUAAAAUUGGAAUGGGACUGCUGCUUGGAAAGAAAUGCGACAGAAUAUGUUCGUACAUGCCCGCAUGAGGGAUCGAAAGAAAAGCAGAGAGAUUCGAGAAUAGGGGAGCUCUAUGCGCGUGUGCCUGUUACAGUAGGCGACUAUAAACGUGGAAUAAGAGAGGCUCUUACUAAUUGGUGGAAGGUUGUGCGUCAGGUAGCUGAAGAUAGAUGCAUUGGAAAAGAUACGACAUUCUUCCCACAAAAACACGCCGAAAUUAAGACAUUUGCCCAGAUGGCAUGGGCGAAGACAACCAAAGUAGGAUGUGCCAUAGGCAUCUGCCCUAGCACGACAGCAAAAGACAAAGAAUAUGUGGUUGUUUGUCGCUACUUUCCAAAGGGUAACAAGGAAAAUGAAAAUGUAUACAGUGUCGGACGCGCUUGUAAUGCAUGUCCAAAUGGUUACUCCUGUACUGCUCCUUUCGACUGUGACCAACAGAAUUGCCAGGGAUUGUGCAUUUGAAGGAACUAAACGACU